CACAGCCCAGAAUUCUAAGACCGUAUUGUAUAUGAAUAGGUUGGUAUUUGCAUGUGUGUUUCAAAUUUUGUGUUUGCAGGAUGCCAGUCAGUAUGUGCUGAGUGAGAUGCAGGCCCUGGAGACUGAACAGAAGAACAUAGAUCAUAGGGCGGAUAUUGUGGAGAGGAAACUAAGAAGCCUUAUUGAAUCCGGUAAUGAUCGUGUAGAAGAAGAGAAACUCAUUCAAGAGUGGUUUACCCUGGUCAACAAAAAGAAUGCAUUGAUCAGGCGACAAGACCAUCUACAAUUAUUGCAAGAAGAGCAAGAUUUAGAGAGAAGGUUUGAGCUGCUGAAGAAAGAGCUUCAAGAUCUAAUGGCUGUAGAAGAAUGGAGGAAAUCCCAUGCUCAUAAAACUAGAGAGCAGCUGUUACUGCAAGAGUUGGUGUCUUUAGUCAAUCGAAGAGAUGAGCUAGUGCAUGACAUAGAUGCCAAAGAAAGAGGGGCUCUUGAAGAAGACGAAAGGUUGGAGAGGGGUCUGGAAAUGAGGCGCAGGAAGUAUGGAAGUCGGAAAGAAAAGUGUGUGUUACAGUGAGGGAUGAUUUGCAGUAAAUCUAUGUAUGUGGUUUAGACUCACUGUUGCACACAAAUUUAUGGGAUAAUUUAACUUUGUCACAAGGAUUAUAAAAUCUUUUUUUACCAUUAGGGUACUAAUUAUAAGAUUUUUAUGGUAAAGAUUUGCACGAUGUAGUACAUCCAGUUUACCUGUUGCCUGUUUCAUAGAAUCAUUGUUUAGCAUUUAAUAGAAUCUCAUUUUUGUUUGUUUUUGGUGAUUUUUUUAGUCUGCCUUUUAGCUCAUUCUUUAAAGUAAGUUUAACAAAUGUUAUGGUUUUUAAAGUAACUAUUACAGUUAAAAAUAUAAUUAUGUUUAACGUAGAGAAUAUUAUUUAGGAUAUUGCUUGGUGGGAAUUUUGUUUUGAUACAGUUGUGCCGUAGUAGAUUUCAUUAAAUUAAUUGAGUAAACUUUACCUAAUAAAAUUGUGUUCUUGUUUUUAAACAAAAUUUGAGUUAAAAUUAUGGAAAAUAUCUUGUAAUUCUAAAUGCACAAAUUAUUGAGUGAAUUUAACUUUAUUUUUUCAUGUUCAACGCACUUAAACUUGUAUAGUAUAAAAGAUCUUUACUUAAUUAUUUUGUGGUGGGACUACACUAAUUAUUUUUGUUAAUGUCACUAACUGAACAGUGGAUUCAGAGUUCCCAGCAUGCUUUGCAUGCGACAGCAUUAGGAGAGUAAUUUUUGUGAAAAGGGUGCUAUUUUAUGUGCUUUACAAUAGAAAGAAAGUCUUGAUAGUGUUUAUUGUUCAGUUAUCUGUAAGAUUUAGAAGAGAUUCUGUUUGUAAUUUUGUGGUUACCAUUGUUCCGAACAGUGGUGCCUGGGCUUAUGCUGCCUUCACAUGCUCUCGGAAAUUCGAUAAUUAUCACUUCAACCCAGAAAUAAUUUACAAUAAGUUCCCAGAACGUUAGCCUAAAAUAUUUUUCUUGGAUACUUUUGGCCUCACUACAUCCAUGCUGUGUUAUUAUCCAUCGCUUAUCUAAUCUAAUUAAAACAACUAAAAUACAUAAUUCCACACAAUAUGUAGGAUUAAAUCAAUGUUUUAAGAUUCUUCUAUUAGGCUAAUAAUUAUUGAAGGAAUAUUCUAUUUAAACAGCACAGUAUACCAUUUCUAACGAACACACGGUGUGUACCUGUCACGAUCCCAGUCUGUGUUCCCCUGUUAUUUCAGACUUUUAUGUUAUUUCCUGUUGCGUGCCAUGUUUGUAGUCCUUUGUAGUUUUUCUUGUUAAUUAGUUUCCCCAGGUGUUUCUUGUUUCCUUUAUUACCCCAGUGUAUUUAAACCAUAGUGUUUCCUUUGUUUGGUGUCGGUCUUUGUGUUUUACGCAUCGUUCAAUGUUUGGAUUACCUUGGUUUGUUUUUUGUCUUGUUUUAUUUCAUUAAAGGUUUUUUCUG